UUUUUGCAAUGCUCCAUUUCAGUCAGGCCACAGUAUAUAAAUUAAAAAAUUAUAUGUUUAUAAAAAUAUUAAAUAUGAUCACGAAAUCACAAAUAUCUAACGAUAGGUUUCACUGGAAAAUAUAAAAUUGUUUAUAUUCCUAAGAGUGUCAUUAUUUAACACAAUGGAAGUGGUUAGUGAAUGCCGGUGCUGUCUUUCAAAAGGCAUUCAUAAAGAUUUUUACACGUCUUACACGAAUUGUAAUGAAAAAGAAUACUAUCCUGACAUGUUACAGGAAUGUUUUAAUAUUGUGUUGUCCUGCUCAGAAUAUUAUCCUCACUCAAUAUGUGAUGUGUGCAUACAAGCCGUGCAAAGUUCACUUUCUUUCAAGAAACAAGUGCUAAGAGUGGAAGAAAAGCUCAGGAGCAGGUUACACAAUGUUGAAGAUGAUGACAGACAAUUACAAGUUAAACUGGAAGUUAAACGAGAUAGUGCCGAUGAGAAUGAUUACAUCACAGAUACAGAUGGGAAUCAUCUUGAAGUGAAGCGCGAGUUGAAACAUGACAGUGAUGCGGACUCUGAUGACUAUUACUUGAUUGAUGCAGGAGAUGAACCUAUCCACUUGGUGAAGUCCAAAACGAGCCAGUCUUCAUUGAAAAAGAAGGUAGAAGCUAAAAAAACUAAGCCAGUCGUUAAGAAGUCCCACAAUACCGACAACACAUGGCGAGCUGACAAAAUAAAAACAAUUGUUAACCGAUUAACUACCUCCAUGAAUUCAUGCGACUCACCAGACAUGAAAACGAAAAAAGAAAUAAAAACACGAAAAAUAACAAUCGAACCAGUGUCUAAGAUCAACCUCAUGUGGACCCGAACAACGCAUGACAAAAUAAAACAUAAGGAGAACCUCCAGACCAUUCUUAAGUAUUCGAACGCUACGCCUUUCAAGAAUAAAUCCCUUCUUGGCUUCAUUUGCGGGUAUUGUGAGGCGGCUUACCCUGACCCAGCUGAUUUAAGAACUCACACUGAAAUAGACCACAAGAAAGAGCGCUUAGAGUUCAAGUCUUCUUUUGACAUGACUGAAUACAGCGUCAAGCUGAAUGUGGCUGAUUUAAUGUGCACCUUGUGUGAUGCCAAAAUGGAUAAUCUGGGAGCUUUGAAAGAGCAUUUAGUGAAAAUACAUGACAAGACGUUCCACAAUGAUAUCAAAGACCACAUUCUCCAGUUCAAGUUAAAGAAGGGGGACUGUUUCGACUGCGCUAUGUGUAGUUCUACGUAUGAAACGUUUAAAAUGUUGAAACAACACAUGAACAAGCACUACAGCAACUAUAUCUGCUCUAAAUGUGGUACUGCUUUUGCGACGAAAAGGUCUCUAAACGCACACAGAACGACGCACCAAGAAGGCAGUUUCAAAUGCGACCACUGUGAUAAGGUCUUCGCGACCCGCUCCAAAAAGUGCUACCACGAGAAAAUGAAGCAUCUCGGAGCGAGGAACAUAUCCAACUGUCCAUACUGCAAUGAGCCAUUCAGAAGCUAUUAUCAGAGAAACCAGCACUUAGUGAAAGUCCACAACAACGAAGCGCAAUAUAAAUGCAACGUGUGCAACAAGGCCUAUAUUCUGAAGUCAUUACUCAUGUAUCACAUUAAGAAAAGCCAUUUGAUGGAACGCAAUUGUCAGUGUACGGAAUGUGGAUUUAGAUUUUUCAGUAAGAAAGCCCUAAAGGCACACAUGGUGAAGCACACGGGUGAGAGAAUAUACGCUUGCGAGGUGUGCAAAAAGUCUUACGCGAGGAAAUACACACUGCGGGAGCACAUGAGGAUCCACAAUAACGACAGGAGGUUCAAAUGUGACGUUUGCGGCUUAACUUUUGUGCAGAAAUGCAGCUUGAAGAGCCAUCUGUUGUCGAAUCACGGGAUUAGUGUUGCAGCGAGCGAUAUAACGUCUUCAUAGUCUAUCAUGUAUGUAUAUGAGCUAUAAUUUAUCGCAAGAAAAGGAAUGUGCCGUGUACAAAGAUUAAAUCCACAGCCGGGCUUGUGAUCGGCUAGCAAUAUUAUACUAAGUCCAAAUAAAAAUUAUUAAAAAAAAAUAUGCUCGGUUGUAUAAAGCCAGUAUAACCUAGAGGCGUCGAAGUGAUUUAAAGUGUAAUAAUAAAAUUGUAACAGGCCGAUGUCUUGAGAUAUUGAAGACAAACUAAUAUCGGAAAGUGGGUAAGUCAAUACUAGAGCAACAGAAACCAGAACAUUUUUUUUUUUAUUUUUGUCCGUUUAUGUUCGUACACGCAUCACGCCAAAACUACUGCAAGGUAUUGAAUGCAGUUUUCACAUAUAUUUUGCUCUAGACCUCUAGGUAUAACAUAAAAUAUAGGCUCCAUUUUAUCCCGGGAACAUAUAAAGGGGGACUUUAUCCUGGAAAAACUCUAUGACGCGCGCCGCGAGCAAAAGCCAGUAUUUACUAUAAAUUAUUUUUAGAACAAUUAGUUAAGUUGUAGAACUUCAAUGAAGUGUAAUGUGUUAUUAGUUACAAAUCUCCCAACAAACAAGGGUCUUUGUGAACCGCUAUUACAGAUUUCAAAAUUAUUGUAAAAUAGGUGCCUAAAUAAAGUAGAAACGAAAGAAUAUUUUUCUCUUUAGAAUAUAAAAUGUGUAAAUAAAUGUUAAUAGUACACGAUUAAUUGAG